AUGCGAGAGAUGGCCGAAGUCGCCUUCGAGCGGCAUGAGCCCAUCAGCCCAACUGGCCGCAUGGCGCCCGUGUACCACUCGACGGCCGGCACGUUGCUCUGCGUCAGAGAGAACUCCCCGGACCCAGCGAAUACAGAAAGAAACCCCCCGCGGGGUGCCACAGCCUCGCAUAGGGCCAGCGGGACCGCACUUCUUCUGCGUGUGCCGCGCUGCUCUGGAUCUCUGCACACUAUAUGCGAAGAAGCUAUCGGUUCCAACCGGUAG